GACAAUCCAGAUGAGCAAGCAGCCCAGAUCAGACGAGAGCUGGAUGGACGCCUCCAAAUGGCAGACCAAAUAGCCAGGGAACGCAAAUUCCCCAAGUUUGUGUCCAAAGAAAUGGAAAACAUGUACAUUGAAGAGCUGAAGUCAUCAGUCAAUCUGCUCAUGGCCAAUUUGGAAAGCAUGCCAGUGUCCAAAGGCGGCGAGUUCAAGCUUCAGAAACUCAAACGCAGCCACAACGCUUCCAUCAUCGACAUGGGCGAGGAGAGCGAGAACCAGCUCUCUAAGUCAGAUGUCGUGCUGUCUUUCUCCUUGGAGGUGGUGAUCAUGGAAGUCCAGGGCCUCAAAUCCUUAGCUCCAAAUCGCAUUGUAUAUUGUACAAUGGAAGUGGAAGGAGGAGAGAAACUCCAGACUGACCAGGCCGAGGCUUCCAAACCAACCUGGGGCACCCAGGGUGACUUCUCUACGACCCAUGCACUGCCCGCUGUGAAGGUGAAGCUGUUCACAGAGAGCACAGGAGUCCUGGCCUUGGAGGACAAGGAGCUGGGACGGGUUAUUCUUCACCCCACCCCAAACAGCCCCAAACAGUCAGAGUGGCACAAAAUGACAGUCUCCAAAAACUGCCCCGAUCAAGACCUCAAAAUCAAACUUGCUGUCCGAAUGGAUAAGCCUCAAAACAUGAAGCAUUCUGGGUAUUUAUGGGCCAUCGGUAAGAAUGUCUGGAAGAGAUGGAAAAAAAGAUUUUUUGUACUGGUGCAGGUGAGUCAGUACACGUUUGCCAUGUGCAGUUACCGGGAGAAAAAAGCAGAGCCUCAGGAACUUCUACAACUGGAUGGCUACACUGUGGAUUACACAGACCCCCAGCCAGGUUUGGAGGGUGGCCGAGCUUUCUUCAAUGCAGUCAAAGAAGGAGACACCGUGAUAUUUGCAAGUGAUGAUGAGCAAGAUAGAAUUCUCUGGGUCCAGGCUAUGUAUCGGGCUACCGGGCAGUCACACAAGCCUGUGCCCCCAACCCAAGUCCAAAAACUCAACGCCAAGGGAGGGAACGUGCCUCAGCUGGAUGCUCCCAUCUCCCAAUUUUACGCAGAUAGAGCUCAAAAACAUGGCAUGGAUGAAUUUAUCUCUUCCAACCCCUGUAACUUUGACCACGCUUCCCUCUUUGAGAUGGUGCAACGUCUUACUUUGGAUCACAGACUUAAUGAUUCCUAUUCUUGCCUGGGCUGGUUCAGUCCUGGCCAGGUGUUUGUCCUAGACGAGUACUGCGCCCGAAAUGGAGUGCGAGGGUGUCACCGACACCUCUGCUACCUCAGAGACCUGCUUGAACGGGCAGAAAAUGGCGCCAUGAUUGAUCCCACGCUCCUUCACUACAGCUUUGCCUUCUGUGCAUCCCACGUCCACGGGAACAGGCCUGAUGGAAUUGGAACUGUGACUGUUGAAGAAAAGGAACGUUUUGAAGAAAUCAAAGAGAGACUCCGAGUCCUGUUGGAAAAUCAGAUUACACAUUUUAGGUAUUGCUUUCCAUUUGGUCGACCUGAAGGUGCUUUGAAAGCUACUCUCUCACUCUUGGAAAGGGUUUUGAUGAAAGAUAUUGUAACUCCAGUGCCACAAGAGGAGGUAAAAACAGUCAUUCGUAAAUGUCUAGAGCAGGCUGCUUUAGUCAACUAUUCUCGGCUCUCAGAGUAUGCCAAAAUUGAAGAGAAUCAAAAGGACGCAGAAAAUGUAGGCCGGUUAAUCACUCCUGCCAAAAAGCUGGAAGACACAAUACGUCUUGCUGAACUAGUCAUUGAAGUUCUUCAACAGAAUGAGGAACACCAUGCAGAGGCCUUCGCAUGGUGGUCAGAUUUGAUGGUGGAACAUGCAGAGACGUUCCUGUCACUCUUUGCAGUGGACAUGGAUGCAGCGUUAGAGGUGCAGCCCCCAGACACGUGGGACAGUUUUCCACUGUUUCAGCUCCUGAAUGAUUUUCUGCGGACUGAUCAUAAUUUGUGCAAUGGAAAAUUUCACAAACACCUGCAAGACCUGUUUGCCCCACUUGUGGUUAGAUAUGUGGAUUUGAUGGAGUCCUCAAUUGCACAAUCCAUUCACAGGGGCUUUGAGCGGGAGUCAUGGGAACCAGUCAAGAGUUUAACCAGUAAUCUACCCAAUGUGAACCUACCUAAUGUGAACCUUCCCAAAGUACCAAAUCUACCAGUUAACAUCCCUCUAGGCAUCCCACAAAUGCCUACUUUUUCGGCACCGUCAUGGAUGGCUGCUAUAUAUGAUGCUGAUAAUGGAUCAGGCACUUCAGAGGAUCUGUUCUGGAAACUUGAUGCCCUUCAGACCUUCAUUCGGGACUUGCACUGGCCUGAAGAAGAGUUUGGAAAGCACCUAGAACAACGACUGAAGCUGAUGGCAAGUGACAUGAUUGAAUCUUGUGUCAAAAGAACCAGGAUUGCAUUUGAAGUUAAGCUGCAAAAAACCAGUCGAUCAACAGAUUUUCGAGUCCCACAGUCAAUAUGCACCAUGUUUAAUGUUAUGGUUGAUGCCAAAGCUCAAUCAACAAAACUUUGCAGCAUGGAAAUGGGCCAAGAGCAUCAAUACCAUUCAAAAAUAGAUGAACUAAUUGAAGAAACUGUUAAAGAAAUGAUAACACUCUUGGUUGCAAAGUUCGUUACAAUCCUGGAAGGAGUGCUGGCAAAAUUAUCCAGAUAUGACGAGGGGACUUUGUUUUCUUCUUUUUUGUCCUUUACCAAACCCGGGAUGGACGUGGCUGAUGCCUAUGUGACUUUCGUUCGCCACUCUCAGGAUGUCCUCCGUGAUAAGGUCAAUGAGGAGAUGUAUAUAGAAAGGUUAUUUGAUCAAUGGUACAACAGCUCCAUGAAUGUGAUCUGCACCUGGUUGACGGACCGGAUGGACUUACAGCUUCACAUUUAUCAAUUGAAAACACUAAUUAGGAUGGUAAAGAAAACCUAUAGAGAUUUCCGAUUGCAAGGGGUCCUGGACUCAACCUUAAACAGCAAGACCUACGAAACUAUCCGGAACCGUCUCACUGUGGAGGAGGCCACCGCCUCCGUGAGCGAGGGUGGGGGCCUGCAGGGGAUCAGCAUGAAGGACAGUGAUGAGGAAGACGAAGAGGAUGAUUAGAACACUCGGGCCUGGAGUCCACUAUGACAGAGUCUUGUAAUCAAUGCAUGUCCUUAGUCCAUUAGUUAACCCAUUAGGGAACUUUCUGUCAACUCCCAUGCCCAUGAGAAGUGUACCAAUACAGUUGCCAUUUUAGCUAUGUGGUACCAAGAUUAGCAAACAACCUUUAACUCCAUGAUUUCCUGAAUCCAUGUCUAUAUGUUUACAAGCAAUAUGGAGCACCAUUCUUUAAAUACCGUUUAUGGAGAAUACAUAGCUCUAUUGCUAGGUGUAUCCCUGUUAUCAGCAGAAUUCAAUGAUGCUUCAUUAAUGUGCUGUGUGUGCAUUGACGGUAAAUGGAAGUGAGGGCGAGUACACCGAGUACUUUCUUUGUUUCCCAUAUGUGGAUGCCAGUUAUUUAAAUGAGUAUAACAAAGUAAUUUAACUAAGACACAUAGAUCUACUUUGUUUUUCGGAAAACAAAAGGCAAGGCUCCAACAGCCAACUUUUGGUUCUUUCUGUUCUCCUAAAACUGCAAAAUGAACCCCUGAUGUCGUUGUUAACCCCAUCCUUUCACUUAUCCAGAUAGUUACCCAAAAAAGGAUGGCUACAUAAGUGGUUCGAUCUUCCUAAUUGCCAUGGCAAGGGUGAUCCUAUAUAACAUCCAGCACAGUUCAGAGCGACUGUCUUCUAUCAAAGUUUAUCCUAUUAAAUCUUACAUUUGCUUUUAUGUUUCGAUAACUGUGUAUGUAAAAAAAAAAAAAAAAGACCUUAAUAUUUAAAUUAUGACCCUAGACUAUAAAUGUGUUUAUAAUAAGAUACGGAUCUUUCUUUCAGUAGAUUGUAGCCAUAAUUUAAAUUAUUUUGUUCCACACUGUUUUUUAUAUCUGUCAUGUACAUUGCAUUUUGAUCUGUAACUGCAUGACCCUGGGGUCCUCUGCAGAGCCCUUUCUUUCUGUGUAAAGUAGUGGAUCCAUCUUGCUUUUGCCUUAUAUAAAGCCUACAGUUAUGAAAGUGUGGAAAACUGUGGCUUCUCAAU